UUGUUUCCUACAAUCUCCAUUUUGCAGUGUCGUUAGCUUUGCAAGCUGCAUCUGUGCAUGUUACAGCAUCAGUAUACGAAGUGCAUGUAAGGACUAUUUCAAACUACAGAGGUAUUGUAGACCAUAGCUAUGGCAGACACACCAGCAGAGGUUGAGGUUCCGGAGGGUGCAGAAGUCCGCAAACUCUCGGAGCUGAGAGUCAUCGACCUGAAGGCCGAGCUGAAGAAACGAAACCUAGACACCACAGGCGUCAAGAGCGUGCUGUCUGAGCGUCUGAAAAAGGCAAUCGAAGAAGAGGGAGGAAAUCCUGACGAGAUUGUUGUCGAUACGGAGUCAGCCCCAAAGAAAGCUACACCUAAACGCGCCGCUAAAGAUACAAGGCAAGAAAAUGAUGAGCCAGAGGACAGCACUAUUGAGGAGGAUUCCCACGAUGGACAGAUGGUGAGUGAGGAUCUUCCGGAUGAGAACAUACAGGAGAUGGACAUCCUCAACAUGAACAUUCUGGAUGAGACGGAGCAUGAUAAUGGAAUACCUGCUCAGGAUGAGGAGGAUGAGACGGACAAUUUUCAUAUUGACGAUGAUGAAUUGUUGAAUGAAGACCGUUACAACACUGACAAUGAAGCAAGAGGUGCAGAGAUGUCAGAGAUGGCAGAUAAAGAUGAAGAUAUGACUUCCUCAUCAGUCAAUAUGGCUCAGGAUCCAGAUGUGGAUGAUGUAAAUGAAGACACAGAAAAUGACAAAGUAGCCGGGUCUUGUUUAUCUGAGCCGCUUAACGAAGAUCACCAACGGAGCCAUGAGACGUGUCCUGAAGAAGAGCAAGCCGACACCGCGAGGGGGGAAGAAAAUGUGUCCAACACUGGUGCCAGAAGCGACAGGGACACCCCUGGAGAUGUGGAGAGCGACAGGGAGGUCACGGAGACCGACGCCAAAGAUGUUGGGGACGCGCUGAAUGCCCCAGAAGAGACAUUUGACUCUGAAAACAAAAGCUCGCAGGCUGUUAGUGUAAGCGAACAGGGCACCGGGGGUGAAACUGUUGAUACAGAAAUGGGGUCUAACAAGGGUGAGGAGGAUGAGAAGCCAGAAGAGAAAGCCGCUGCGGAUUCCUCCUCGACACUGAAAGAGUCCUCUUCUGUAGAGGGCGAUGAUCAGAAAAAGAGCUCUGAGGAAAAAGAUGGGCAGACGGAGUCUAAAGAUGAAAAGGCCGCUGGAGGUGGUGCUGCAGCGAGCAAUAGCAGGAAUCUGUGGGUCAGUGGUCUCUCCUCCACAACCAGAGCGACUGAUUUGAAGACUCUCUUCAGCAAAUAUGGAAAGGUUGUUGGAGCUAAGGUGGUGACAAACGCCAAGAGCCCUGGAGCUCGCUGCUAUGGCUUCGUCACCAUGUCGUCCACUGAAGAGGCCACCAAGUGCAUCAGCCACCUCCACAGGACUGAGCUACAUGGUCGCAUGAUCUCUGUUGAGCGGGCUAAAAAUGAACCUGCAGGAAAGAAACCAGCAGAUAAGAAUGACACCAAGAAGUCAGGUGACAGGAGGCAUUCCUCAGAGUCCAAGUCUGAUGGAAAGGAUGACAAAUCUGAGGGAGAAGGAAAAGAUGGCAAAGGGCGAAAUGAGAGGACUGUUGUUAUGGACAAGUCCAAAGGAGAGCCUGUGAUCAGUGUCAAAACUAAAAGCAAAGAACGAAGCACAAAGAGUCGUGAUCGCAAGUCAUCAAGCAAAGAGAAGAAAGACAUCCUGUCAUUCGACCAGAUUAAGGAGCAGAGAGAAAGGGAGAGGCAACGACAACGAGAGAGGGAGAUCAGAGAGGUGGAGAGACGCAGAUACACUGACCGGGAUCGUGAUCGUGACAACCGGCCAGACCGUGAGCGCGAGCGAAUCCGUCUGUUCCGAGAGAGAGAGGAGAGGAAGCACUUGAUGCGAAAGAGACACUGGGUGGAGGCUGAGAAGCAGCGCCUUGAUGCAGACCGUAUGGAGCGUCAGUUCCUAGAGCGUGAAAGACUACGCAUUGAGUAUGAGCGGCGGCGCGAGCAGGAAAGGAUCCUCAGGGAACGCGAGGAGCUGCGGCGGCAGCAGGAACAGUUACGCUUUGAACAGGAGCGACGCCCUGUUAAGAGACCUUACGACAUAGACAACAGGAAAGAUGAUUGGGCUGAGAAGCGCAUGGCUAUGGAUGACCGCUACGGCCGCUCAGACUUUGGUCGACAGGAACGUUAUCAGGACUUUGACCAAAGAGACCGGGGCCGUUACCAAGACGACAUGAUGAUGGACAGGCGGGACAACUCUCGGGGCAUGGGAGGAGGAGACCGAGAUAGUCAGCAUUUCUCAGACAGAUCAGACCGACAUGGCAGGGAUGGUCGAGACUCCUGGGGCGGAGGCUAUGACAAACGUAUGAAUCCCAGGGAAGGGGGUCGAGAUUGGGACUCUGGUCGGAAGAUGGACGGAGACAGACCCUGGCAAAGUCGGGAUGGAGCAAUUCCAGGCCAGAGUCACAUGGCUCGUGGUGGAAUGGCAAGCAGAGGGGGCUACAUGAACACAGGAACAUCUCAGUCUCUGUCUGGAGCUCUGAACAGGCAGAACCAGCUGAUGCAGGGCAGCGGGCUGCAGGGUGGAGCCUUUGGUCGACGCUACUGAUGUCUUUUAUUUGAAGACAACAUCGGGACUUUGAGGUCACAUCAGAGAGGAUGUGGCCAUUUUUGAUUUUGUACAUUUAAAAAGAAAAACAAACAAAAACCCACAGAAUUUACUUCAUUUUAAUGGAGACCCUUUUUUCUGGAUUCCCUUCCAUGUUUUUCAUUUUGUUGAUGUGGUGAUCUUUCCAGUGUCUCUCACUCAGUCCUUCUUGUGUAUUUGCAACAUGACUGUGUAAGGAGGUUUGUAUCUGCAGGUUGGCCUGUGGUGGAGGCACUUCAGCGCUCUGUUGUACACUGAAAUAUUAGAAACACCACAGGUUCAUGGACCUCUGACACUACCUUUGUCCUCACUGUAUCCCACACUGUUUCUGGAACAUCUUGACAGCUUCUUCUUAAAUGAUUCUUCUGUUAUUUGAUCAGUGAAGAAGAUGCCUGUUUGGUUUUGUCAAGAGUCACAUAUAUUUUAAAAACAGUUGGAUCCCUGCUUGUCAUAAGGUUUUUAAAUGAAUCGGCAUUCUGAGUUUAAACCGUAUGUUUUGUAUAUAUUACAUAUUUGAUCUGUGUGACACUGAGAAAAUGUCAGUGAAUGCCCCAGGAGUGUGUAUGUUUCUCCAGUGCACUAAGGUCUGUAAUAAAGUCUAAACUUCAGUGUGUUUUUAAUG